AGGGAAUGAUGGGAUCGGGAAAGGAGGGAUGGGGAAACGAGGGAAUGGGAAUGAGGAGUAGGAUGGCAUGGCGGAAUGGGGUGGGGCGGAAUGGGGUGAGGCGGAAUGGGGAGAUGAGGGAUGGGGAGAUGAGGGAUGAGGAGAUGAGGGAUGGGGAGUUGAGGGAUGAGGAGAUGAGGGAUGGGGAGAUGAGGGAUGAGGAGAUGAGGGAUGGGGAGAUGAGGGAUGAGGAGAUGAUGGAUGGGGAGGUGUGGGAUGGGGAGAUGAGGGAUGGGGAUAUGAGGGAAGGGGAGAUGAGGAAUGGGGAGAUGAGGGAGGGGAGAUGA